CUUUUGUGGGCGAGUCUUCACAAGACUGUAAGUGUCUUUCGAGCACUGUGAGUACACACAGGUCCGGCCACUUGUCAUUUACGAGCUUCUGGGCAAAAGAGGAAAUUGCUUCAGGGAGUUUGGAAACUCAGGAGUUUUCUUCUUCCUUCAGCCUAGGCACGAGGAACCUUUAUAAAUAAGUGCUGAAAAAGUGGAAACACACACGACCCGUAGAUGUUGGACAUUUGAUUUGGAUCACCUGCUCCUUACAACCCAUCUUUCCUCAGCACAAUAUUGCUCUGGUGACCCUCAAGCAUUCAAUUAGAGGCAGGAUAGCCUGGAACAACUUCGUGCCAGGAUGGCAAAUAUUUCUGAUAACUUCUCCUGCUAUGAUCCAUCCAUUGUUGACUACCGCUACGUAUCGGUCAGCUGGGGUAUUGUGGUGGCCGUAGUUGGCACAGUGGGCAAUGUGCUCACCCUGUUUGCUUAUGCAUCUGACACCAAGCUCCAGACACGUGUCAACCUGCUCAUUGUCAACCUGACCUUGGCUGACAUUCUGUAUUGUACCUUCCUGCAACCCUUUUCUGUGGAUACCUACUUGCAUCUCUAUUGGCGAUCAGGUGCUGAUUUUUGUCGAGUCUUUGGGAUGUUGCUCUUUGUCUCCAACUCGGUCUCCAUUUUGACACUCUGCCUCAUUGCCAUCAGCCGCUACCUGCUCAUUGCCAACACUGCCCUCUUCGAUCGCAUUUUCUCCCGCCUUGGGGUGAUACUCAUUGCCUUGGCCUCCUGGGCAAUUGGUAUUAUUAGUUUUGCACCACUGUGGCGUGCCUAUGUCUUAGUGCCCAAGGUCUGCACCUGCAGCUUCCAUCGUAUCCGCGGCCGGCCAUACACCACCAUCCUCAUGGCCCUCUACUUUGUGGUGGGUCUCAGCUGUGUUGGCAUUUUCUACUUUCUCAUCCAUCGCAAAGUCAAGACUGCUGCUCGUAAUCUCGACCAGUACAAACUCAAGAAGUCCAGUGUGAAAGAAGUCCAUGUGGCUGGGACCAGCUUGACUACCCAGGGACACUACCAAGAGUUGGACAGUGGAGUAGAUAGUUCAGGUCCUUCCCAGCAUUCCUGUGAGGCUUUGCCCUCUGAGUCAACUUCCAAAACCUUUGUUCCACCAGAUUCUGAGAAUGGCAAAACUCCACCCAUGGCUCAGCCUGCAGGCCCACCUAAGAAGGUCGCUCCAUGCCAGCCCAAGGACAGCAACACAGAAUUCCGCCGGGUGACACGCAUGUGCUUUGUGGUCUUCCUCUUCUUUGUCAUCUGUUAUAUCCCCUUCAUGCUGUUAAACAUCUUCGAUGCCAAAAACCGGGCUCCAAUCGUGCUGCAUAUGAUUGCUGCUAAUCUUACCUGGCUCAACAGCUGUAUCAACCCAAUACUUUAUGCUGCAAUGAACCGCCAGUUUCGUGAGGCCUACAAAGGCGUGAUCUCCAAGUUUGUGCAGCGGUUCCGUGGGUGCCACUAGUUUAUCAAGAGUGUACAGUUGGUUCCCUCUGUCAGCAUGAGACAGACAUGUUCCCUUCUUACUCUGGUACUGCCUCAGAGCAGGAAUGCCACCACGAAGCUGCUCAGCCUUUCACACUCGUCUAGUUUCAGAGACCUUAAGUAGACCUAUGUGUGAAUUCUGUUUUUUUUACCAUUGCUGCAUUUUAUAUAUUUUAUGUGGCCUAAAUGUAAUGUGCAAUUCAGAGUGAAGUCAUGGGCUGGCCCUUGCCUUCAACAUGCAUUAAAGCUGGGGCUACCCCCCCCCCCCACCCCAUUUUAUAAACAACUACAGAAGAGUGAUUAGUUGUGCCUAAUUUCAGAUAUUAGAGUAUGGGUUGGGGGGUGGGGUGGGGAAUAUUAUUCUGGAUUGGGGUGAGCACCUGCCAUUAGCCCCAACUCACCUGCUCACCUAGCAGGUCGAAAUCAGAAAUGUGAGUAGAUAAAAUAGGUACCGCUUUUAGCAGGGAGGCAAUAAAGGCACCCUUAAGGACAUCAAUCAAGAGAAAGCUCCUUGGCAUGAAAGAUGGAGUGACAGAACACACACACACCCCUCAUGGCUGGAGUCAAGCACGGCCUCCAAGAUACCGGAAAUAAGAUGGGAAAAACUGCCUUUACCUCUGUCUGUGUUGUCUGUCCUUGUUAAUUGUUUAAUCAGCAUUGAAUUUUUGCCAUAUGUGUGUUCUGCAAGCUGCUCUGAAUUCAGGAUGGGGUAUAAAUACUGGAAAUAAAUAAUAAUAAUUGCCCCAU